AUGGCAAUGCUGAUAGAAUUCAACAUCGAUCGUUUCGCGAUCCAUAAUGGUUUUGUAUUGGUCAUCGUCAAUAGAUCAUUCCAAGGAUCAUGGCUACCAGAUCGUCCAGGGGCAGAGGUUGACAAAACUAAAAUAGUAACGUUUUGUACAAAUUUUCGUUAUAAUUUCCAUACUCGGGACAAUCUCAAAGCACAAGAAAUGAAAGACGUUUGUGAGGAAAUUUCCGCAAAUGUCAAUUUCAGCACCUACGAUGCAUUUAUUUGUUUCAUAUCAAGCCAUGGAGACGAAGGGAAUGCUAUAUACGGAGUUGAUGGUAACUCAGUCACCGUUGAUGAGAUCGUAAGUCAGUUUAAAGGCAUACCUUCAUUAGCAAACAAGCCAAAGCUUUUUUUCAUGCAAAAUUGCAGAGGGAGGAACAUUGACCUAGGCCAAUCAGCGGUUAUGGAACAAGCCGAGGUACAAGCCGAUCACGGUUCACGUCCACCUACACCCAUUCGUCUUCCCAUCGAAGCUGAUAUACUGGUUUCCUAUUCAAGCGUUGAUGGCUACGAACCAUAUAGAGAUGUUAGCACAGGUUCAUGGUUUAUCACCAAACUGACGGAAAUUUUGAACGAGCAUGAACCCAACAUGAAUUUGACUGAUUUGCUUAGUAUGGUAAACAAGAGGGUUGCCAGGGUGGAUAGUCGUGGAAGGAAACAAAUGCCGUGUUUUACGAGCACUUUAAGAAAGCCAGUAUAUUUCAAAAUGAGGAGAAUUGGAAGAACAUUAACGCCUGACUUAUUAUAA